AUGAAGCUAGUCCUCUCUACCUCAAAUCUCAUGAAAGGCGGCGGCUCCUCUGUAAUCCGGCGCCCAACAACCGAGAAGUCCAACGUCGAACUAAUCAAUGCUUUACGUUCGAACUUCCAAGCCUCGCAACACGAAUCCACCAACGGCUCCUCGACCAACCCCUCCAACGGCACUACCCCGACGACGAAUGGAUACAAAUCCUGGACCUCCGAGCACGACGGCACACUGUACAUCCCUGCGCACGACUUCUCGCAACCGGGCCUGAGCGAAGAACGAUCUCAGUACGACAUUACCGUGAAACUAUUCUAUCUCCCAGGAAUCCCGGUAUCGAGACGAUGCGCGCACACGCGGGAGGCGAUCGAUCUCGUUCUGAAAGAGCUAGGCGUUGACUCGAUUGAUCUUCUCAUCGUUUCGUUUCCAGGUGUUUUAUUCGACGCAGAAGACGAUAGCGAAGACGAAGAUGAAGCUACAGAAGGCGAAGACACGGGUGCAAAUGAGGGACAGGCGGAGCAGCCGGAUGACUUUGAUAGUAUGGUGCAGACCUGGCGCACGCUUGAGCAACUACAGAAUGAAGGGAUGAUUUCGCAGCUUGGCGUUGCGGAGUUUGGCAGUGAGAGGCUUGCGCGCUUCCUUGCGCAUACCGAUGUGAAGCCUUCUGUCGAUCAGAUUAACCUCAAGGACUGCUGCGUCGUGCCGAAGUCGUUGAUUCUCUACGCGAAGCAGGAGCAUAUCCAACUCUUGACGCACAAUGACUGUAAUGAUAUCUUGCCUGUCGGAACGACGAGGGAGCUACUUGGGCCUGGGGAGUCUGGGGUGGGGAUUCUGGCUUCGGCGCCGGAUAAGCAGGAUGGGAUCCAGGGUGAUGUCGAGCCGCAGUGGGUGGUGAAGUACACGGCUGUUGUCAAGGACCGGGGAGUUGUUGAGAAUAAGGGAUAUUUUGCGCUGGCUGAUAUAGGGAACUGUGUGCGGACGGGGUCGUGA